AUGCCUGGAAAGCUCCAAUCCUUGACAGCUCCGUGGUGGAAGUGGCUGGCGCAUCGCAUCAUCCGAGACCCGAUCUUUUUCUACCCGCUGGCGAGCCUCUACGUGUUUUUCCUGAACAAGCCCCUUCAGCAUGCCCCGUACCGGACGGUCGUUCCUCUGUUGGUGUACCUCUUCCUGGGCAGCCAGACCUUCUUUGCUUAUCUCUUGGCCUCCUGGAUCGGCGGUGCCAUAGGGGUGGCCCUCUUCCAUCUGCAGCACCACUGCAACACCCCCUACCGUUGCGAGGAUGAUUCUGCCCGGAACCACGUGGACGCAGCCCUCCUCGGCAGCACGAGGAUACCGCUUCCUUGGCCAAUUUCGGUCUUCUCCUAUGGCAUUGAGUACCACCACAUCCAUCACUUUGACGUCCGUGUGCCGGGCUACCAUCUGGAGCGUUGCGAUGCCGAAGGGGAGGCGCAGAAUCUCUGGGCACGCGUCAACACGGUGGACGGCCUCCGCGUGCUCAAGAGCCUUUGCCACACCCAAUUCCGUGGCUCGAGUAAAGUUGCAGACGAGUCGGGUCGGCAGCCACAGUUUGUGUCCUUCUGGCCAUACUCUGUCAUCGGCCUCCAGGACACUUGA